AUGGACUCGAGAAGAAAGAUAGCAUAUUUUUAUGAUCCAGAGUUGAUCUAUUUCUACUUAGGUCCCGGCCAUCCAAUGAAGCCACAUCGUUAUCACUAACCUCACUCCUUAGUAUUGAACUAUGGCCUGUAUAAGAAAAAUGGAGGUGUAUAUAGACCUUAUCGUGCAUCAAAGUUAGACCUAUGUAGAUUUCAUGCAGAAGACUAUAUUGAUUUUCUUCAAAGAGUCACACCUCAUAAUAUAACUGUUUUUACAUCAAGUCUAUCAAGAUUUAACGUCGGAGAUGAUUGUCCCGUAUUUCCUGGUCUGUUUGACUUUUGUUGUAUCUAUACUGGAGCAUUUGAAGGAGCUGCUAAACUAAAUCAUAAGUGUUGUGAUAUUGCUGUUAACUGGGCUGGUGGACUUCACCAUGCUAAGAAGUUUAUAGGCAUCUGGAUUUGUUAUGUCAAUGAUAUUGUUAUAGCUAUAUUGGAAUUAUUAAAAUAUCAUCCUCGUGUACUCUACAUUGAUAUUGACAUACAUCAUGGUGACGGUGUUCAAGAAGCAUUCUAUCUAACUGAUCGUGUUAUGACUGUUUCGUUCCAUAAAUAUGGCAACUUUUUCUUUCCAGGAACAGGAGAUAUGUUUGAAAUUGGCUCUGAGAAAGGAAAAUAUUAUUCCCUCAAUGUACCAUUAAAGGAUGGAAUCGAUGACCACAGUUAUUUGACAUUAUUUAAACCUAUUAUUCAAUCAGUAAUUGAACACUAUAGACCAUCAUGUCUUGUAUUACAGUGUGGAGCUGAUUCUUUAGGCUGUGACCGACUGGGUUGUUUUAACCUGAGUAUAAAAGCUCACGGAGAAUGUGUGAAAUAUGUAAAGUCAUUUAACAUACCUACAUUAGUACUAGGAGGUGGUGGAUAUACUAUUAGGAAUGUUGCUCGUUGUUGGGCGUACGAGACUUCUCUUCUCCUUGAUACAGAGAUUAGUAAUGAGUUACCAUAUACAGAAUAUUUUGAGUAUUUUGGUCCUGAUUUUACAUUACAUCCUGAUGUUAGUACUAAAAUGGAGAACCAAAACACAAGACAGGUAAUGACAACAAAUAAAACCAAUGUUCUGGAAAAUUUAAGAAUUCUACCUCAUUCUCCUAGUGUGCAAAGCAACAGUCCCUCUGAUAUGUUAAGCAUGCAAAUAAUGGACCAAGAUAUGAGAGAGACCCAACGAGAAACUGGAUCCAAG